CUCCGGGCUGACCGGGCGCCGCGGGUCGGGGCGGCCCCGGCCGCCGUCGCCUCCCCAAGGCCGGGCGCUAGCAGCAUGAUCUCAGAAAGGGAUUCAGAGACCACCUUCGAUGAGGAUUCCCAGCCUAAUGAUGAGGUGAUGCCAUACAGUGACGAUGAGACAGAGGACGAGCUGGACAGUCGGCAGCCUGCGGUCGAGCCAGGACAAAACCGAAUCAACAGAGAAACCGAGCAGAGCCGAGAGCUGCCCAAGAAAGACUGCAGCUGGCAAGUUAAAGCUAACGACGGGCGCUUCUACGAGCAGCCUCAGUUUAAGAGAACCAUAUUUCUCUGCUUCAAAAAAAGCAAAUAUGCAGGAAAUGCAAUUAAGACAUACAAGUACAACCCUGUCACUUUCUUACCGCUGAAUCUGUUUGAGCAGUUUAAAAGAGCAGCCAACUUCUAUUUCCUCAUUCUUCUAAUUUUACAGUCGAUUCCUCAAAUAACUACCCUGCAUUGGUACACAACACUGAUGCCCUUGCUUGUGGUGCUGGGAAUAACUGCAGUCAAAGACCUACUGGAUGACAUUGCUCGUCACAGGAUGGACAAUGAAGUUAAUAACAGGACCUGUGAGGUCAUCAGGGAUGGAAGGUUCAAAAUCACAAAAUGGAAAGAUAUUAAAGUUGGUGAUGUCAUUCGUCUGAAGAAAAAUACUUUCGUUCCUGCAGAUAUUUUGCUGCUAUCCAGCUCAGAACCAAACAGUCUCUGCUAUGUAGAGACAGCUGAACUAGAUGGUGAGACCAACUUAAAAUUCAAAAUGGCCCUUGAGGUGACACACAGGUACCUUCAGGAGGAAAGUGCCAUGGCAGACUUCAACGGUCUAAUUGAGUGUGAAGAACCCAAUAACCGCCUGGAUAAGUUUACAGGAGCAUUAUUCUGGAGGAACAUGAGUUAUUCCCUGGAUGCUGAUAAGGUUUUAUUACGUGGUUGUAAAAUCAGGAACACAGACUUCUGCCAUGGAUUGGUCAUUUUUGCAGGUGCUGAUACAAAGAUAAUGAAAAACAGUGGAAAGACGAGAUUUAAAAGGACCAAAAUUGACUCCCUGAUGAAUUACAUGGUUUAUACUAUCAUUGUUGUCCUCAUCCUGCUGUCAGCUGGCCUUGCCAUUGGACACACUUACUGGGAGCAGCAGAUUGGCAACUCGUCUUGGUACCUGUACGACGGACAAGACAGCAGUCCUUCAUACCGUGGCUUUCUUAACUUCUGGGGAUAUUUAAUUGUGCUGAACACCAUGGUUCCCAUUUCCCUUUAUGUGAGCGUUGAAGUGAUUCGCUGGGGCCAAAGCUAUUUUAUAAACUGGGACCUGCAAAUGUAUUACCCUGAGAAGGACACGGCAGCAAAGGCCAGAACCACCACGCUGAAUGAGCAGCUGGGGCAGAUCCGAUACAUCUUCUCGGACAAGACAGGGACUCUCACCCAGAACAUCAUGACGUUUAAGAAGUGUUGCAUAAAUGGCCAAAGAUAUGGAGACUGCCGGGAUGCAGCAGGGCAGCUUCAGAGCCACCGACAGCAAGUGGAUUUCAGCUGGAACAUGUACGCAGAUGGAAAGUUCUCAUUCUAUGAUCACUAUCUGAUAGAGCAAAUAAGGUCUGGAAAGGAGACAGAAAUACAGAAGUUCUUUUUCCUGCUUGCCAUUUGCCACACAGUCAUGGUUGACACUUCUGAUGGUCAGCUCCACUACCAAGCAGCUUCUCCAGAUGAAGGGGCCCUGGUUACAGCAGCCAGAAACUUUGGCUAUGUUUUCCUUUCAAGAACACAAAAUACUAUCACUAUAAGUGAAAUGGGGAUUGAAAGAACAUACGAUGUCCUUGCUAUCUUGGAUUUCAACAGUGACAGAAAACGGAUGUCUGUCAUUGUGAGAGAAUCAGAUGGACAUGUCAGGCUGUAUUGUAAAGGGGCUGAUACAGUAAUUUAUGAACGGUUGCAUGCAAGGAAUCCAAAGAGAGAAGCUACAGAAGAAGCACUGGAUGUUUUUGCAAGUGAAACUCUCAGGACACUCUGCCUGUGCUACAGAGACAUUAGUCACGAUGAAUUCGAAGCAUGGAAUAAAAAGUUCAUGGAGGCUAGUGUAGCUACAACUAGUCGUGAUGAAGCUCUGGACAAAGUGUAUGAGGAAAUAGAAAAUAACUUGAUUCUGCUUGGUGCAACGGCUAUUGAAGACAAACUACAGGAUGGAGUUCCAGAAACCAUUUCCAGACUCUCAAAAGCAGACAUUAAAAUCUGGGUGCUUACUGGCGACAAAAAAGAGACUGCUGAAAAUAUUGGAUUUUCUUGUGAACUCUUAACAGAUGAAACAACAAUCUGCUAUGGAGAAGAUACCAGUGCUCUUCUUCAGACUAGGCUGGAAAACCAGAGGAACAGAGCUGGAUCAAGUACACAUUCCUCUCUGAGAAUGAACGAGCCCUUCUUCCAGGGUAGUAAAGAUCGUGCUUUAAUAAUUACCGGCUCCUGGCUGAAUGAAAUCCUGCUGGAGAAGAAAAAGAAGAAAAAGAAACUUAAGCUGAAAUUCCCUAGAACAGCAGAAGAGAAAAAGAAGCAAACUGAGAAGAGAAGAAGGGCUGAAGCUUACAAAGAACAGCAGCAGAAGAACUUUGUUGACCUGGCCUGCGAAUGCAGGGCUGUAAUUUGCUGUCGAGUGACUCCAAAGCAGAAAGCCAUGGUGGUGGAGCUGGUGAAGAAAUACAAGAAAGCUAUUACACUGGCUAUUGGGGAUGGUGCCAACGAUGUGAACAUGAUUAAAACUGCACACAUUGGAGUUGGAAUCAGUGGCCAGGAAGGGAUGCAAGCUGUCAUGACAAGUGACUACUCCUUUGGGCAAUUCCGCUUCCUCCAGAGGCUGCUGCUGGUCCACGGGCGAUGGUCCUACAUCAGGAUGUGCAAGUUCUUACGAUACUUCUUCUACAAAAACUUUGCUUUCACACUAGUCCACGUCUGGUAUUCAUUCUUUAAUGGCUUUUCUGCCCAGACAGCAUACGAAGACUGGUUCAUCACGCUGUACAACGUGUUGUAUUCCAGUCUCCCAGUCCUGCUAGUUGGCUUGCUUGACCAGGACGUGAGUGACAAGCUGAGCCUUCGGUUCCCUAGCCUGUAUGUUUUGGGACAGAAGGAUUUACUUUUUAACUACAAGAAAUUCUUUCUAAGUUUGCUUCACGGAGCUGUAACUUCACUGAUAAUCUUCUUCAUACCAUAUGGAGCUUACCUCAAAACCAUGGGACAGGAUGGAGAAGCACCUUCAGAUUAUCAGUCGUUUGCUGUCACAGCAGCAUCUUCUCUCAUAUUUGUCGUCAAUUUUCAGAUUGGCUUGGAUACAUCUUACUGGACCUUUGUUAAUGCUUUUUCAGUGUUUGGGAGUAUUGCACUUUACUUUGGUAUCACAUUUGACUUCCACAGUGCUGGAAUCCACGUUCUGUUUCCUUCUGUCUUUCAGUUUACAGGAACUGCUCCAAAUGCUCUGAGACAACCCUACCUCUGGCUGACCAUGAUUUUAUCAAUUGCUGUGUGCUUACUCCCUGUAGUGGCCUGGCGUUUUUUGUCCAUGACAAUCUGGCCUUUGGAAAGUGACAGAAUCCAGAAGAACCGCAAGAAAUACCUGGCAGAGGAGCAGCAGUGGAGGCGGAGGCAGAGCGCUUUCCGCCGGGGCGUCUCGAGCCGCCGCUCCGCAUACGCCUUCUCCCAUCAGCGCGGGUACGCGGAUCUCAUCGCCUCGGGACGCAGCAUCCGCAAGAGACGCGCUCCUCUGGACGCGGUCCUGGGCAACAGCGCGGCUGGAGACAGAGAGGCUUGUGAAACAAGAUGAUUUCCUGAGUUUUGGGGAACUUUAUCCCUAUGGCUGGGGAUUUUGAUCCCAGUGAUUUGAGGAUUUGUAUCCCAAUGGUUGGGGACUUUGAUCCCAUUGGCUGGGGAUCUUUAUCCCUAAUGAUUUGAGGAUUUUUAUCACAGUGGUUGGGGAUCUUUAUCCCAAAGAUUUAGGGAUUUUGAUCCCAAUGGCUUGGGAUCUUGAUCCCAAUGAUUUAGGGGUUUUGAUCCCAAUGGCUUGGGAUCUUGAUCCCAAUGAUUUAGGGAUUUUGAUCCCAAUGGCUGGGGACUUCUAUCCCCAAAGAUUUGGGGAUCUUUAUCCCAAGGAUUUAGGGAUUUUUAUCCCAAUGGCUGGGGAUCUUUAUCCCAGUGGUUGGGGAUCUUGAUCCCAAUGGCUGGGGAUCUUGAUCCCAAUGAUUUGGGGAUUUUGAUCCCAUUGGCUGAGGAUCUUUAUCCCAAUGGCUGGGGAUCUUGAUCCCAAUGGUUGGGGAUUUUGAUCCUAAUAAUCUGGGUAUUUUGAUCCCUGUGGCUGGGGAUUUCUAUCCCCAAUGAUUUGGGGAUCUUUAUCCCAAGGAUUUGGGGAUUUUCAUCUUGAUGAUUGCACACAGUUCAUUUUUUUAUUAUUAAAAACAAGCUCAGGAUAUUUUUUUAACCAAAUGGUGUGACAAUAUGAAGAUUUUUAUGCUGUAUCAUGGAACCUCCUGGUUUUGGACUGCAGGAAACAGGGGCCGGGAGUUCUCCGAGGAGCUACUAAUCCUGGUGCGAUUGGUUUCUGCUUAACAUGGAAGUGAAGGAUACGCGUGCCAGGGUAUGGAAACCCAGCACUGCCUGGAAUUGGGGACCCUCUUGGCAUUUUAAUAAGAUGUUGUUAUAAAAGCACAGUUACAUUUCACGUGUUGUCUUUGGGAGCAAACUGCCGAGGAGCAGUCUGACCUUGUGUGCGCCAUUUCAUUGAACUGCACCUCCUAGGUAAGACACGCCUGGUGAUAAACUUCAGCCAGUGUCAGAUGUCGGUAGGAAUUCUGACAUGUAGAGGUGCAGCUUCUGCUCCUUUCUUUCUUCAGCAGUUGCUCAUGGCUUGCUGCACUAUGUGCACAGAGAUAAUCCUUUGCAUCUUCUGAAUCAGUAGUUAACAGAGGUGUUUCUCCUCACUUGCUCUUUGUUUUCUGCCUCUUUCCAGCUCUACAGUAUGUUUGUGCCUACUUAACACAGUGCAUUUAUGAACAGAUAUGGCUGAUAUCUGGAAGGCUGCCCUUUGAGCUGGCAAAAGUUUGUUUAUUUCAGUUUCUAGACACAUCAGUCAAUAAUGGAUAAUGAGAAAACGGUCACUUUUAGGUGGAAUGUGUUUCACUUGGUAGUGAGUCAAUUCCUACAGUGUAAAAAAAGGUUUCUGUGAGAGUCUCUUCACAUUUGCUUGUGCUUUUACUCCUCAAGUUGAGACCUAUGAAUGUUUCACUUUUACCUGCUUCCAACUCCUGGACUAAUAUUGAUUACUGAAAUGGUUUUAUAGUAAAAAAUCGUGAUUUACAGCUCUUGUAUAAUGGAAUGUACAUUUCAAGAAAUGAAUGCAAAUAA